GCUUGUCAGACCAGGUGUGACGUGCAGGGGUAAGGGGAGAAGCGGCAGUACCUGUCAAUGGUCACAUCUAUCACACCUCUCGUCAUGCUUGACAGUCUUUGUAUUGCUCACGCCACAGGGUGAUGUCCUCGACGUGGCGCAUGGGGCCUUUUCCGCAAUCUCGUGGCCGCAGCCAUACUUGUGUACGACUUUGGUACACAUGUUGGCGGUGCUAUGGGAGCGGGGAAGGCACGGCCGCACGGCGGGGGGAAGGCGCCUCCUGCAACGGCGUGGGAGGAAGGCGAGACGGCGGGCGGGCGAGGGUAGGGAAGGUGGGGGUGGGCGCAGAGAGGUGCUGAUUGGCCGGGGGUGGUGGAGAGGUGUUGCUUGGUGCAGACGGCUGCUGUGGCAGCUUGAGACGGAGACGGCAAUGCGGAGCGCAGCUCGACGGGAGGGAGCUGGCACGGACAACGAGCAAAGAAGAAGAAGAGCAGCAGCAAGAGCAGCAACAGCAACAGAAGCAACAGCAGGACCACGGGCGGCCAAGGCGGCGUGUGGGCGAGAACAGGCGGCGGGGCAAGGUGUUGGCGAGUGACAGCAGCAGUAGUAGUAGCAGCAGCA